UUGUGCUUGUUAAUUUGGACUGGUUUGGACUUUGGGGUACCUACCUAGAAGUUUUGUAGAAUAAAAUUAUUUGUGGUGAUUUAUUUUAUGAAAUCAAAGAUUUUGAUAUGAACCAGGAAUAAAGUUGAACAUAAUAUAUUUGUUUACCACUUGGGACGUCAGUGGCGUGAAUACUGUGUGGCUUUUGCAGUCUUAAAGUGUUGAAAUACAAUGUUUAUCGUCGGUCUAACUGGGGGUUUGGCGACGGGGAAAAGUACAGUACUUUCAAUUUUUCGCGAAAACGGCAUUGCAGUCAUAGACGCUGAUGAAGUAGCGAAAAAUGUUCUCCAACCUGGCACCAAAGCUUGGAAGGAGCUGAAAGCAUACUUUGGAGACAAAAUAGUUUAUCCGGACGGUCGUGUGAACAGGCUCAAGUUGGGUGAGAUUGUGUUUGAUGACAUAGAGAAGCGGCGAAAGCUGAAUGCCAUCACACACCCUCGUAUACAGACAGCCAUGAUGAAAACCGCCAUCAAGUACUUUUUCUCUGGACACAAGUACAUUGUGAUGGAGGUGCCGCUACUGUUUGAGACGGGCAAGAUGCUCACAUUCAUGCACAAAAUUAUUACUGUUGUAUGUGAAGACCACCAGCAGUUGGAGAGGCUCAGGAAAAGGAAUGAUUUCUCCGAGGCAGUUGCGAAGAAACGAAUAAACUGUCAGAUGCCUCUGGAGGAGAAGGUAGCAAAGUCCCACUUUGUCAUUGACAACUCUGGAGACAUAGUCAACACACGGCAGCAGACCGAGAGCAUCAUCCGAGUAUUGCGGAGGUCAAAGUUCACAUGGUACUUCAGGGCGAUUUUCGCGCUGGCGCUAGUGGGGGUUGUGUGCGGCGCAACGCACCUGCUCGCCGCCCUGAAUGACACAUGAACACAAUAAACGCUGCUGCCCA